GACCUGUCCCUCCUGUAAUUCCCCUUUCCCUGUUCAGUUUCCCGAUACUAGCUUUGGACUCUCAACAUUUCUUCUUUAUAUCAUAUUUUCCCUUAAUAGCUACCAUAAUGGUUGGAAUUGGCCCCAAACGCCCCCCAUCCCGCAAGGGAUCGAUGCACGAGCUCCCCCAGAACUUGUUGGAGCAGAUUAAGCAAUUCGAGGAUAUCUUCACGGUGGAUGGUGCGAAGCUGAAGGAGAUUGUGGAUCAUUUCGUGAAGGAGCUCGAAAAGGGCCUGAGCGUUGAGGGGGGUAAUAUUCCCAUGAACGUGACAUGGGUCAUGGGGUUUCCCGACGGUGACGAGCAGGGGACCUUCCUCGCCUUGGAUAUGGGCGGCACUAAUCUGCGGGUCUGUGAGAUCACCUUGACAGAAGAGAAGGGUGCUUUCGAUAUCACCCAGUCCAAGUACCGCAUGCCCGAGGAGUUGAGAACUGGUACUGCAGAGGAGCUGUGGGAAUACAUUGCCGAUUGUUUGCAGCAAUUCAUCGAGACUCACCACGAGAAUGAGAGUUUAUCGAAACUGCCAUUGGGUUUCACCUUCUCCUAUCCUGCUACCCAGGAAUAUAUCGAUCAUGGGAUCCUUCAGCGUUGGACCAAGGGCUUCGACAUUGAUGGAGUGGAGGGCCAUGAUGUUGUGCCACCAUUGGAGGCAAUCCUCAGGAGAAGAGGACUUCCUAUCAAGGUUGCGGCUUUGAUUAAUGAUACUACCGGUACCCUUAUUGCGUCUUCGUACACUGACUCGCAUAUGAAGAUUGGCUGCAUCUUUGGCACAGGUGUCAAUGCGGCUUAUAUGGAAAACUGCGGCUCAGUCCCCAAGCUUGCCCACAAGAACCUGCCUCCGGACAUGCCCGUGGCGAUCAACUGCGAGUAUGGUGCCUUCGACAAUGAGCACGUUGUUCUGCCUCUCACCAAGUAUGACAUUAUUAUCGACCGCGACUCCCCUCGCCCCGGACAGCAAGCCUUUGAGAAGAUGACUGCGGGUCUCUAUCUGGGAGAGAUUUUACGCCUGGCCCUCCUGGAUCUUUUGGAGACUAGACCUGGCCUGAUCUUCCAGGGUCAGGAUACUUCCCAGCUGCGGAAGCCUUACCUGCUGGAUGCGUCCUUCCUAGCAGCCAUUGAGGAAGAUCCGUACGAGAACUUGCAGGAAACCGAGGAACUUCUUGAGCGCAAGUUGAACAUCAAGGCCACCCAGCAGGAGCUGGAAAUGGUCCGUCGCUUGGCGGAGUUGAUAGGUACUCGUGCGGCUCGUCUGUCGGCGUGUGGUGUGGCCGCCAUCUGCAAGAAGAAGAACAUUGAGUCUUGCCACGUGGGCGCGGAUGGUUCUGUCUUCACUAAAUACCCCCACUUUAAAGCUCGUGGAGCACAGGCGUUGCGUGAGAUUUUGGACUGGGCACCUAAUGAGAAGGACAAGGUGGUCAUCAUGGCUGCUGAAGACGGUUCUGGCGUUGGAGCCGCCCUUAUUGCUGCAUUGACACUGAAGCGGGUCAAGGCGGGCGUCACCUGCGGUAUUCGGGACAUGGCCGAUAUGCAAAGUUUAAUCUAAUGAGUUAGACGUGGUCAACUUGAUAUAUCCUUGGGCGUUGAUCAUCGGAGAAGUGCUUUUACACCUUUUCCUUCUUUUCCUAAUUCUCUUUUCUUCACCAUCUUCAUUUUCUGUUUCUUUCUCAUUCGAGAAGAUGUCAUAUAAACAAGAAGGGCACGGCACGGUCUGCAACAUAGACCAAUGGGUCCCUCUACAGAGAAGGCGAGUAUAGAAAUGGCGAAAUAUAAAUAUU